UUUUUUGAGUAAGGUUGAGUUUUCUUUCCUUUUCUCCACACUCAUUCUGGAAAUAAAAAACACAGAGAAGCAAAUCAAAUCCAAUUCAAUAAUUAAAACCGAAAAACAGAACAAAAUUUUAAUAUUCUUUUACAAUGAUAGGAAGAAAAAUAUCCUGCAAAAUUUGAUUCUAGCAAGAACCAUUCAUGCACAGAGAACAAAACAAGUUCCCUUUUUUUCACCCUAAUUUUUCUUGCCUUAAUCAAAGGGUCAAAUUUAAUGCCCCACAUAUAAAUUCUGCAUUCUGCUUUGGUUUUGUUCAAAUGGUUCUCUUUUUUAUGAGAAGCCAGUGAUAAAGUUUGCACCUUUACCCCUAAAACUUGGUGAUAAUAAGGAGAUUCACCAGAAUUUCUCACAGCCAUAUGGAAGAACCGAUGGAGUUGCAAUUAGAAGACAAUACAACCUCUACGGAGAAAAAUAGUAAAAGAAAGCUUAAAACCCCUGCACAGCUUAUGGCCUUGGAAAAUUUUUAUAACGAGCACAAAUACCCCACAGAGGAAAUGAAAGUUGAACUUGCUAAUGAACUAGCGUUGACAGAAAAGCAAAUCUCGGGAUGGUUUUGUCACAGAAGGUUAAAAGAUAAGAGACUGAUGAAAGGUGAAGUAUGUGCUAAUGGACGACAAGAUCAAUCUAGUGGUGUUGUUCAAGACCGUGUCAGUGGACUAAGGCAAGAUUCAUGUGGAAGCACUAAGCAUGGUGAGUACAGGUGUUUGGAUCCCAAAGAGGUUGAGAGUCAUGGUCUCUAUAAUCAUGAAGUGUUGGUUGCAGAUAUGAAAUAUGUACUUAGAAACCAUUGUACAGAAAAUGAUAGUGAAACGGAUAACUCAUCACCUGAGAGUAGCUCAUCUUUGCAAGAACGGUAUUAUCUCCAAGGACAGGAUCCAUAUGAUAUGGAGCUUUCUAGACACGCAACACCAAAUGGAGCUCUUCCACCCUUAAAUCCUACGGGAUAUAAACCAUCAGGAUAUUUAAAAGUGAAGAAAGAAAUAGAGCAUGCUGCUAUAACUGCUGUUAAGAAUCGGUUAGGAAGGCAUUUUCUGGAAGAUGGCCCACUACUUAAUGUAGAUUUUGAUACAAUUCCUCCAGGGGCAUUUGAAUUUCAAACUGCAAAUCCAGUUAAUGAAACAUACCAUGUUGCAAACCCCUCUCUUUCAAAUUCUCCAGAGGACUGUGCCCCAAACAGGCAAUCGUGUCUAAACUCUAGUAUUGAUUUAUAUAUGAACAAAUUAAGUUCCCAAGAUUUCCAGGAUAAGAAAUCCCACCAGCUUAUUCAACAAAGAACAAAUUUUCAGGGUCGUCCAAUUCAUACCAAUCAUUUGCCUGGCAAGAACUUUCCUGUGGAUUUGAACGUAGACUCAACUGGGGAAGCACCUUCUUAUAAUGGCACUAGAAAUCAUAGAAUAGGCACUAAGCAUGGUGUUGAAAGGAUGAGAUCUGAUUCUGCUUCUAAUCCCAAUCGCUAUCAUGAGAAUAACCUGGUGAUUAUGAAGUCAGAUCCACUACUACAUGGCUACAAUAACGGUAAUGUCAAGAAUGUACAAAGGAGUGGAUAUAUAAAAUCCGAACCUUCAAAUGCAAUGCAUAAUUCUCGAAUUUCUAUGGAUUCUGAAGAAAGAGGGCUUUCUGAAUGGAUGGCAAAGGAAGAAAAGUUCAAUGGGACUAGAAAGAUUAAAAAAGAAUAUCAUGAGUCAGAUGGAGUACGAAUGCCUUCGAGAGAAAUUGUGGUUGCAAAGCGAGCUAAAUUUGAUUUACUUCAUCAAUAUGAUAUUAAACAAGAACCUGCUGCUGAGAUUGAACCAAGGAAAACUCAGAGAUCUGCUGUGGAGUUGCCAUCUAGCUUUAGCGAGGAUGAUGAAACUGCUGAAACCAGUUCCUCCCUGGGUUGAGUGCUGAUGACUGAUCUUAAAAUUGUGGGUAGUUUCUCUAAGUUAUAGGGUUGUACAGUUUAAAAAUUCACAUUCAUAUUUUAAAUUCCUAUUCAUACUAUGGGAGCCACUUUUUGUAGGAUUUUGGCAGCUAGAUAGUCACAUAACUACAUUUGAUGAUAUUGUGCUUUCCUAUUUUGAAUGUGUUUGUAACUAAAUGGAAACCCUAUUGCGGCGGUUUUUAGUGUUGAAGCAACAGUGUGACCGUUGAGAUCGAGUUGUUUGGAAUCAAGCUUACUGUGGUCGCAAAUUGCAACAUAGAGAAUUGAAGCUGACUGUUGCAUGGUUUUGGACAUUGUUACUAUUAUUUUGUCUCUUUUUCCUUCAAACCUCCUCUUUUUCAGCCAUUAAACUAAACACCAAACCAUGUCAUCACACACAGAUAUAAACUAUUCGAUUUUUUUUUGGUGUCCGAGGUUCGAACCCGGACCAUGUAUAUAUUAUGUAUUAUCCCUACCAAUUAAGCUAAGCUCAUGAGGACAAAUUAUUUGAUUUUGUUACUAUUGCUUUCCAUUCUCCUAGUUAACCAUUUAAAAGAGAUACAGAGAAUAAUAGUAAUAAUGUCCAAGACCAUGCAACAACCGGGGUUCAAUUCCAUGUGUUACGACUACAUUAAGCCUGAUUCCGAACUACUCGAUCUGAGCGGCUCCGUUGUUGCCUCGACACCGAAAACCGCCUCUCCUGUACGAUGGGAAAACUUUUAGAAUCUAGAAAUUUUGGGUGUAAAUCUCAUCUUUCAUGCAGCUGCUUGUCGUAAGAGGGUACCAAAUGCAGUAUAUACAUGUCAUUAUUUUGUGGAUGGUUUUAUCAUGGAAGUGCUUUGGCAA